CCACGACAGCGACCAGGGUUACUAGUAACGCAGUAACGGAAGGCGUCUGGCCAAGGGCGAGCAACAUCGCUACGCAGGCAGUUAUGAAUAUGGCAGAGCUGGACGCGGAUACAAGUCCGGGCGCCCCUGCACACAAGAAGCGGCGGCCAGCUCUUGCUUGCAAGCAGUGCCGGCGUAGAAAGAUCAAGUAUGUACAUCUAGUCUACCCCUCGCGCUCGUGUGACCGCCAAACACCAUGUCGACAGUGCACCAAGGCCAACAUCGAGGCCUGUUUGUACGUCUGCGACAGUAGACACACGUUGACGACGGCUCCAUUCGAAGCCCAGGACACACAGUUCUCCGUUUUCGAGCAGACCUGCAGGCGGUUUACGGCCACGGCCACUAACCUCGCACCCAACCCACCCAUCCCACGCUUCGAGGCGCAAAACAGCGCCUCUUACACUGCGAGCCUCGCGAGCUUCCCUGAGCAAGAUUUGUUGAGGGCCGCUUCGACCCUGUCGCCCGUUGUCCGGCCACUAGAGUUGGACCUGGAGCUGGCCGGCAUGCUCGAUGGCCAGGGCUGCCCGGCUGAACCCAACCCCCCUCCACUUGCAAUUCUGUACCCAACAGCGAGUGCCUCCUUGCGAGGCUCCCUCUUCAAGACGAGAUUCUAUGGGCACAGCCACUGGAUAAAUUUCGCGCAUCAGUCCUCCAAGGUGCUGGCAGUCAUGCAAACUCACGAGGCCGAUGAGUCCAACCACGGCUGCGCCACCUUUGCGAGAUGCAAAGCCGUCAGCAGCACGAUCAAGAUGCAGGAAUCCAGGGCCGCUCAGCUCCUUGGCCCUCUCAGGGACAUGGUUCCGACCCGGGUCGUAUCAGAUCGCCUCAUCCAAGCGUAUCUUCGCACUUUCCAAACCGUUUUUGGAAUCUUGCACAUUCCCUCGUUUUGCGAAGACUACAAGGCCUUCUGGGGUGACUCCGGGUCUGUCAGCGAAGCAUUCGGCAUCACCCUUCUCCUGGUCAUGUGCAUCGGCUCGACUUUCUGUUUACAUGAGACUGGCGUCUCGCGAGGGACGGCUCUCCAGUGGAUCUACGUCGCCUCAGCAUGGUUGAGCUCGCCCAAAGAAAAGGCAAGGCUGAAUCUAGACGGCCUCCGCAUACAAUGCCUCUUCGUGAUUGCCCGCCAGGCCAAAUCGGUCAACGGUGAUAUUUCUUGGCUCUCGACGGGCUCUCUGCUGCGGAUGGCCAUGCACAUGGGCGUCCACAUCGAUCCAGAAAACCACUCAUUCUCUCAUAUGACCUCUUCUGAUAUCGAAUCACGACGCAGACUCUGGGCGACCAUCCUGGAGCUGGAGGUUCAAUCCAGCAUGGACUGCGGUGGCUUGCCAUCGAUUGACGGCGAUGACUACGACUGUGCUUUGCCGUCAAAUAUCGACGAUGCAAGUCUGGAGGCGGCCAGACCCGCUGGAAGUGCUCUCGCACCCAAGCCCAUGGACCAAUUCACACAAUCUUCAAUCCAGAUCCUGCUAAUGAAGACGAUACCUGUCCGCUUAAAAAUAGCCAAGUUCAUUAACAAUUUUCGGGCUGAAAACUCUUUCGAAAUGGCCCUGAGUUUGAGCGCAGAGUUUUCGGCAGCGCUGAAAAGCUGCUCCGUUCUCAUCGAAGCUUACCGCAUGAGCAGCACACCACCAACAGCUUUCCAGACGAAACUCUUCGACCUUUUGGUACAGAGGUUCCUCCUUAGCCUUCAUCACCCCUUUGCCGUGAAAGCCAUGUCCAAUCCCUUGUACUAUUACUCGCGCAAGAUCUGCCUUGAAACAUCCCUCUCCCUGUUCUCGCACUCGGCGCAAUCAGGCGAUGACGAUUUUCACUGCCUGCGCCUAUGCGGCACAGGUCUGUUCCGCGAUGUGUACACGCAGAUUGCGCUCUAUAUGUGUGGCGAGCUCACAGAUCAAUUGGAAGCUGACAGACCAUUCCUCACCAACCCUGGUAGCACAUUCGACCUGAGGGAGAUGCGCAAAGCCGUCGACAAGUACCUCGACCUAGCGGCAGCGCGCAUAGAUGCUGGUGAAAAGAACAUCAAAUGCUACGUCCUUGUCUCCUGCUUGCUGGCACAGGCAGAUGCGAUGCAGGUGGGUGCUUUAGUGGAGCAGAGGAUCUCUGUGGCAUUAAAGAAGAGCCUGGAGACGUGUUAUUCGCUUCUGAGGUCACAAAUACAAGACAUGCAAGAUGCGCCUCUCAGCCCUACUACUGUUGGCGAGCAGCUUGAUUGGUCUCAAUGGAACGAUUUCAUGGGGAUGAACGCGACUGUCGGGAGCCCUCAACCUCUGAUAAGUCUCACGCAACUCGACAUAUAGGGCAAUGCCAGAAUGUAUUCGGAUUUUUUUUCCCUUCGUUCCUCGCGGAGCUUAUGUCCCUCGAUAGCGGUC